AUGCCUUCUGAAAUUGUGAAGAAGACUCAGAGUCUCACCACAGCACAGGACAUGAGAGAGUCCACCCAGAUCAUAAUGAAACCUUAUGCCAACUGGGAGGAGUACCUCACACCAGCACCACUCUCUAUAGCCAUACUGGGAGAAUUAGUCUUCAUUUCCUCUAAAACUGAUUUCUCCAUCAACAAAAACCCACCCAAAGGCGGCUACAAGUACAUCAAAUACCCAGAGUCAUUCCGUGCCUGCCUCAUGCAAGUGUGUAACUCUGGCUGGUGGGCUUUUAAUGAAGCCCAUAAGAGUAUGGAUCAGAUCCGCCUUCACACUUCCACUGUACCAGACUAUAUGAAGACUGCAGUGAAGAUCUUGUUUCAUGCUGAUGAUGAGGUUGUCCAGGCCCACCUGCCUGACCAGCUGCAGAACAUUGAGAAAAUUGCAGAUGAAUGUGUGGAGUUGGCGAAUGCAGCAGAAGAAAAGUUCACUGAUGUCAUCAAAGUGAUUCAAGAGCUGCUGGAGGCAUGUGUGAAUGCAGAACAUUUUUAUGGAGAGGAGCUAGAGAAAAUCAAGAAGAAACUGGCAGAAACUAAAAUUAGGGAGGAAGCAUCACAAGAAGCCAAUAAAAGAUCUAAGAAAGCAAUGAAGACAAUGGAGAGGGAACUGCAAGAGGCUCAAGAGAACUACAAGAAAGCCAUGGAUUCACUUCCUAGUGCAUGGGCAGUGGUUGGCAUGGAUUUAGUUGGAGGAUUCACAGAUAGUAUGACAGGUCUAGUAAACGGACUAACAUCCCUUGUUACCCAGCCUAUCGCACAAAUGUGCAAGGCCUCAACAAAAAUUAAGGAAACAUAUGACUACAUAACAAGUGCAGAUGAUGCAGCAGAUGAAGUUGAUAAAAUAAAUAUCUACAGCAAGUCAGGAGAAAUUCUCAAGAGUAUAGAAACAAUUGAUUGCUACAUCCAAAACAAAAGUGUUGACUGGAAGGAAUUGUAUGACCAGAAGGAAAAAUCCACGAGGACAAAUUUUGCAGCUGACCAGUUUAAAAGGAUUCAAGACAGCUUGGCAAAGCUUCCAGACUGUGAAGCAAAACAUGAAGCUGUUCGCUUAUGUGAAACUGGAAUCAACAUCUGUCAACAGCUUGCAACGUAUGCACCUGAAGGCAAGUGUGAGAUGGACAUAGAACAGGAGAUCAUCUCUAAUUGGAAAGAGCUCAAUAAAUCAGCCCGUGUUUUUGACAGCAAAAGCAAGAGUGCCACAAAGACUCCAUCCAUUACGCCAAAACCACCAAUGAUGUACAAACAGGAGAAUAACCAAGAGUCUACAAGACAAAAAGUAUCAGAGAACGCUCAUUUCCGUAUUGAGCAGACCAGAGCACAACUUGACAAGACAAGAGAGAUGUAUGAGAAAUGUGUGGAGAACAUGGAGAAGAACCAGAAGGAGCUGACUGACAUUUUGACUACUAUGAGAAACUGUGAGGUUAAGGAGAUUGACUUCAACACCACCAUAGAAAUGCUGGUCAAAGGUAUGGAUGCCAUGGGUAAAGUGAAGGAACAGUGGGAAAAAAUGGUACGUUUCUUUCAGAUGGUGUCCAACAUUGUGAAGGUCAGCCUGAGCAAAACCCUCCACAAUUUUGUCGCUACAGCUGAUAAGACACAAAAGCUGUCUUACAAUGCCAAAAUGUUCUCAAAAGACCUGCUCUACAACCAGGCCUUCCAGGCAUCCAACAUCGCCAGUCUUGUCCAUAUGAUCUCAGAGACCUACACUGAGGUUUCCAACAAGUACCUCAUGGACAGAGUCAGUAGUCUGGGCAAACUCAUGGCCAUGGAUAAGAGUAAACCAGAGUUUGAACGAGAGCGUCUACAGCUACAGAAUGGAUGUGAUGACGCUCAGAGAGGUAUUCUACGUCUGGUCAUCCAGAACAAAAAAGCCUUUGAGAGAAGCACUGAUGCAAGAUUAGAGAAGAUUGAAGGGGAAUUGCUGGCCAUUCUACCAGCUGCAGCACCUGAAGAAACCAAAGCCAUUAAAGAAGCUGUUCAAGCUGGAUUCACUGAGGAAGAGGAAGAUGCUUAUAUCUGA